AUGACCAAGCACGCCAGGAAGACAAGCGAAGCUCUUGCAGAUUCUUCAUUGUUAGACAAGAUCGACAAGCUCUUUGCCUGCAAUGUCGGAGAGUACAUCGACCUUCCUCAGCUCGUUGUUAUUGGAGAUCAAUCCAGCGGGAAGAGCUCCGUACUAGAGGGGCUUACAUUGUUUACAUUUCCACGGGACAGUGGCCUUUGUACGAGGCACGCAACGCAGAUCAUCUUCCGCAGGACCAAUGAUGGCGAAAGGAGGAUUACAGCAUCUAUCAUUCUAGGACUGAAUGAGCCUGAGGAACGAGCAGCACAAUUGAGAGAAUGGAUAGCGGAAGAUAUACAUGAUCUUACACCAAAUUCCCUUUCUGAGUUAAUGGCGGAUAUCUCCGGUCCCGAUGAAGAUCACCUAAGUGUUAUCGAUGUUCCGGGUAUUUUUCGAAACAUGACACCGGGGCUAACAACAAAAGAGGACAAGGAAAUGGUCCGGGAGAUGGUGGAAUCUUACAUGAAAAACCCUCGCUCUAUCAUGCUCACUGUUGUGCCUGCAAAUGUUGAUAUCGCUACGCAGGAAAUUAUUGAAAUGGCUCGCGAGCAGGAUCCCCAUGGCGAGAGAACGAUUGGAGUCAUCACCAAACCGGAUCUAGUCGAGAAAGGCGCCGAGUCUAAGGUCAUUGAUAUUUUGGAGGGAAAAGGACAAAUCCCGGAGUGUCUUAGAGGGAGACACCCUGAGGCAGCAUCCAUGGUGUACAGUGGGAUCGGACAAACUAGGCAUUCGAACAUUGCGGGCUCGUCUGCAGGAGACUGUGACGACAAAUGCACGCAACGCAUUUCCAUUGGUAGCCUCGCCUUCCCCGCUGUCUCUUGUAUUCAACGGAGUUACCUCGUCGAUGUCAUGUCAUCAUUCCAAACCAUCGUGUCGCACGCGCUGAAUUCGAACUACGGCGCAGAUGAUGCAUUUGAAGAUGAUGCAAUCUUAAGGUUGGCUACAAGGGUGGUGAACAGAAAUGACAUCUUUUCUAAUGACGUUGCACAAUGGGGACAUCAGCAUCAUUUCGGAUUAGGCGCCUCGGAAGAUGACCAGACGUCUUCUGACGGAGAUCUCCUAACGAGAAAGGUCGACACUGUGGGAGACCUGGAGGGUAUUGUCGAUGAGCCUAUCUCAGUAAGCUUCCCUCUCCGCGGGGGUAUUCACUCAUGGAUAGAGGAGCUGUAUAGGGCCUCGCGGGGGUUCGAAAUCGGGACCUUCAACGGUACCCUUCUGUCGACGAUGAUGAAAAGCCAGUCAACAAAAUGGGUGGCGCUCGCCAAGGGAUAUAUAAGCGACAUAAUUAUCAUGGUUCACGAGUUUAUCGUCCACGCAUUGAACCGAGCUUGCCCUGAUGCUCCAUUGUGUCACACCGUUCAAUUAUUUCUAAUGGACAGGCUGCUGGAAACGUACCAGAAAGGGAUCGCCAAGGUUGACUUCUUGCUUUUUGUGGAGCGUUAUUGUCGCUUCCGCCCUCUCCUAUCAGAUCUAAUUCUUCUCAGUCGCCAAAGACGCGCAGCUUCGGCAAUAGAGGGAAAGGCAUUCGACGACUGUUCUCAUGGGAGGGUGGUACGUGUGGAAGACCUGCACUACCAGCGACAUUUGAGCAAUUUCGAGCACACUAUUCAAGCCCUCCACGAUAUUCUUCAAUCGUACUACAAAGUCGCCCGAAAGCGCUUUGUGGACAAUAUAUGUAUGCAGGCAGCAGGGUAUCAUCUGAUAAGCGGCCCUGACAUACCUAUGAAAUUGUUCUCACCCUCUCUUGUGAGUGAGCUUUCCGUGGAACAAUUGAAAGAGAUUGCUGGCGAGGAACCGAGACAGCAAAGGAUUCGGCAGCAGUUGGAAAAGGAAAUCCGAGGUUUGUAA